AUGGCCGCGGCCAUCGCCAGCUCGCUGAUCCGGCAGAAGCGGCAGGCGCGCGAGUCCAACAGCGAGCGCGUCUCCGCCUCCAAGCGCCGCUCCAGCCCCAGCAAGGACGGGCGCUCCCUCUGCGAGAGGCACGUGCUGGGCGUCUUCAGCAAGGUGCGCUUCUGCAGCGGCCGCAAGAGGCACGUCCGGAGGAGGCCAGAACCCCAGCUGAAAGGGAUCGUGACCAGGUUAUUCAGCCAGCAGGAAUUCUUCCUACAGAUGCAUCCGGACGGGACGAUUGACGGAACCAGGGAUGAAAACAGCGACUACACCCUCUUCAACCUCAUUCCAGUGGGGCUUCGUGUGGUGGCCAUCCAAGGCGUGAAAGCCGGCCUCUACGUGGCCAUGAAUGGCGAGGGGUACCUCUACAGCUCCGGUUAG